CUCGCCAGUCGCGUACCUUUUCCCCGUUUCCCGUCUUGGUUCUCUCUCUCUCCGUCCCUCCCUCUCGCUCCUCUUCAGUGUCUCUGAUGGUGGUGGAGCGCAACCGGAAGGGAAUUAGGAAGCAGCGCUGCUUCUGACGCCGGAGGGCGACGGCGAGGCGAGAGCCAUGGAGACCUCUCGCCGCCAGAGAGGCCCCAUCGCGGAUCGCUUCCUGGGCCUCUUCGCCGCAUCCCCGCGGUCCACCACCCACGCCGUGGGGGAUGAGCUCCACGAGGACGACGAUGCCUUCUGGUUUGGUUCGGAAUCCAGCCACCUUGACCCAAUCCGCACCACCUCCCUUGGACCCGCGCCUCCCACCUCCGUGGUCGCCGACGAGGGACCUCGCCUCGUCUACCGCCGGAGUUACGGCAUCCUAGACGCUCUAUCGGACGAUGACAAGAAGCCGCACGCUUUCAUCUACAGGAGGGUUACCUUCGUUGCGUCCCCACCCGCCGCGCGUGCGGAGUCGUCCCCGGUGGUUUCCGCCCGGAUGAUACCCGCGAUGUCCAAGCCGAAAUUGGAUUACUCAAGGUCGAUGCCCGCCGGGAAGAUCUACCAGCAGUCAGCGCCAGUCAAUGUGCCUGCGAUGUCGACGUCGGUGGCGCCCAAGCUGAAGAAAUGGUGGGAGGAGCUCGACAUGGAGGGAGGCGACGGCGACCGGGAUGGGCACGAGAUGCUUCCGCCGCACGAGAUUGUGGCGAGGGCUUCCGGGAACAGGUCGCCCAUGUUCACCUUCUCCGUGCUAGAGGGCGCUGGGAGGACACUCAAAGGGAGGGAUCUGCGCCGAGUUCGCAAUGCUGUGCUCGAGAAGACAGGUUUCCUUGAUUGAGUUCCGAGCAAGAAUGAAUUGCUUUAAAAUUUUGCCUAAUUAUGAGAUGUUACAACAGAAUCCCAGUAUGUUUCCGCGAUCUACUAAAAUAAAUAACGCCGUGCCUCUUCUUCUUGUUU